AUGCAGGGUUCGUCUUCGCUGCCAGCUGCCUUGAGCAGUAGCAAAUGGAUCGCAGCCUUCCUCGCGAAGCACCGCAAUGACGAUGACAUUUAUGUCCGAACACCUGAACCACGAUCUUCCGAAAAUGAAGUCAAGUUUCAGGGUUUCUAUCACAAGGCUACAGCCGAAAUGCGCAGUGUUUUCCGUAGCACAAAGUCAAGUGACGACUCUGUCCAGGACGGCAAGCACAACACUCUUCUGCACAAGCGAACCCGUUCCGCCCCUACUACCCACUACGUACCUCAUGUACUAGAAACUAUCGGCGAGGAACAAGAGGAGCAGAAGUGUUCCGCCCUCAAGUCCUUUGUGAAUGCCGCCAAAGAAAGCGAAGAUGACCGAAAGACCGCUACUACAACUCCCCAGGAGUCUACCGAUCGUGUUGCCCACGAUGGGGAUAACGUAUCUAUCCGCACUACGUGCACCGUCAUUAUUCGACAGGCCACUCUUAACGACAUCGCCGAAGAGACUUGUGUCAACGCAGACAACAUUCAGACAUCAACUACUCACGAUGUCCAGAAACCCAAGUCUGUCAGUUUCGAUGUCCGAUCCUCUCAAGGAUCGCGAAAAGUGUCACCAAUUGAGUGUCGUGGUUCUAUCAUCACGCCUUCUAUGAUGAGCGAACAGGGAACUGCUACCCCCGAACCACCAAAGAAGAAGAAGAAAGCGUCCAGUAUCUCCUCUUCUAUCUUCUCUUUCGUGGGAAAAGUUGUCAGACUCGGACGAAGUUCGCCCUCUGUAAAGAAGGCCAACAAAACUCGACGACACGAGCUCCGAGAUGAGCUCCCUAACUCUAACAACCUUCGUCCAAUCCUCAAGUGGAAUCUUCCUCAAGAAGACAAUGCUAUGGGUGACUUAAUCAGAAACUUCUCCGGUCCUUUGACUCCUCCCGAUAGCCUCGACACAUCAACCCCUCCCCCCUCUGCUAAGUAUGGCAGAAAUUUCUCCGACCUAUCUGCGUUUGACAACUCUGUGGAAGAUUUGAUGCCCAUCCCAGCCAAACGCCUAGUCUCGGGACGAGUCAUUUCCGACAGCGAGUCGAUGCCAGAAUUUGACGACACCAUCAACAACCCGAGACUCCGACCAAGAGGCAAACCUGUCCUCCAAAAUGCAAACAAUGUCAUGAGCGAUGAGGAAGUUCAUGUUACCCCGGUCCAUGAGACUUUGUCUCAGGCUUAUGCCCGCCACCAAGACUGCUAUCGCCGAAUCAAGGCGAUGUACGACCGUAAUGGCAUUGAUCGAACUGGCAAGCUCCUUGCAUGCGAGUCAAAGCAGCGCGAAGAGGUAGAGCAGCGCCAGGUUCGUGAGAUGACCGAGGACCUCGAGCAGCCCCCUCAGGAUAUCCAGACUGAAGAGCAAGAGGAGAACGAGCCUCUUCCCCAGGAAACAGUCGUUUCUGAAAAGACUGCCCCAUCUAACCCAUCUACCCCCCCUCACGACGAUGCUCAGGAACGAGUUGAUGUCAACGAGGAACCUAUCAUGGAGUCCAUCGAACAUGACUUCACCGCACCCGACGCUACUGUUGCCAUCUCUACCCAGAACCCCUAUGACGAGCAGCCGGCCGAUCAAGAGCCUGACACCGCCGCCGCUCAUACAAAUGAUACUUCUUCUACCUCCACCUGGUCGCAAAACGGUGACAUUCCCCUCCCUCUUGGAGUAACCCUUACCCGUGCUGCCAUGGUUCAUCACGAAAAUGAAGAGUAUUCUACCUUUUUCAAGUCUCUUCAGAACGUCCGAGAGAAGAGCCCCGAUCGAUUCUGUGGCCGUCAAGGUUCGUUUAGUGUACGCGCUUGGCUCGACCAGACUUACGAGCAUGAGCAUGAGAUGGCACGAGACCGCGCCGCUCUGAAGUUCUUCCACGGACCCCAUUCUACUACUGAGAAUGAAGACGACACACUUUCUGAUCUUGGAUACUUUCCCACUCCUGCCGAGACCCGUGACGCCUUGAACCAUCCUGAUGCUCCUAAGAUCCGAGGUUCCAGCCCCAAGGAGGCGAUGCGAAUUUGGAACGCUGACGUGAAAUCUCUUGAGGUGGCGAACAUGAAGAAAGAGACCCUGCAAGCUGAGGUCAAAUCAUCACUGACCCGGAAUGAACUCAUUGAAGAUGAAGAGGAUCGUGCUGAGCGAGUUACUUAUCUUUACCUUCAGAAGAAGCUGAAGGCCCAAGUAUCCGACGAGGACAAGGCGACCCAUUUCCGCCACGUCCGAAAGGUCUGCCGAGAAUUCGAGAAGGCACUCGAGGUAGUCCAAAAGCGUGCUGUCCUUGCCAACAAGGAAGCUACCGACGCCGAGAUCUGUGUUGAGUACCUUCAGCGAAGCUACCAUGAGAUGGAAGAAAACAUCCACUGUUUCACUGAGUCCCUCGGAUACAAGCGUGCCGAUAACCUGGUCGAUGCCAUGGAGCUGGUCAAGAAGACUGAACGCGAGGAGAACAUUGACAUCCGCGAGGUCCAGCGCCUGGAUAUUGCUGAGCCAGAGAGCCCCGACUCCUAUGGUGCCACUGAGUGGUGUGCUGUCCAGGCCCAGGGCGACAACAACAUCGGCCCUGAGAACCCUACCGAUAUCUUCUUCUAA